AUGUCUCAUACCGAGCCAAAGGCUCCUGUCAACACAGGCGAGGUCGAAAACGGUCACAGCUACGAUGGCUCGGGCACCGAAGAUGAUCCAUUCGUCGUGGAGUUCCAGAAAGACGACCCCGGCAAUCCGAUGAACUGGGGUCAGUCCCGUAAAUGGUUCCUUGCAGCCAUUGCGACCCUCUCGGUCUUCGCCGUGACCUUUACCUCCUCUGCAUACUCGGUUUCGGCAAAUGAGGUCUUCAAGGACUUUGACAUAAGCACCGAGGUCUUCAUUGUCGGGCUUUCUCUCUUUGUGCUCGGAUUUGCGAUUGGCCCUGCCGUAUGGGGUCCUUUGAUUCUCUGGAUUAUCACUCACGUCGCCGUGGUCGCCUUUCUAGGAGGAUCCGCAGGCAGUCAAAACGUGGCCACCCUCCUCAUCCUGAGAUUCUUUGCCGGCACAUUUGGCGGCUCUCCACUCGUCAACUCUGGCGGAACAAUUUCUGAUCUCUUCCCACCUGCUCAGCGUGGUCUGGCAUUGACUAUAUAUUGUGUUGCGCCCUUCCUCGGUCCCAUUUUGGGGCCAAUCGUGGGCGGAUUCGUAUCUGAGAGCGUCGGGUGGAGAUGGGUCCAGGGUGUCUGCGUGAUCUUCAUUGGCGUGGUCGGCAUUCUGGGAAUCGUCUUCAUUCCUGAGACAUAUGGCCCGGUGUUGCUUCAGCGACGGGCGCGUCAACUGGCCAAAGCCCAUGGCAAGAUCUACGUGAGCAUUUUGGAAAAGAACCAAGGAAAGAAGCUGCCGUCGGAAGUCUUCAAGCGUGCCUUGUUCCGUCCCUGGAUCUUCUUGUUCCUGGAGCCCAUCGUCUUGAUAGCAUCAGUUUACAUGGCUAUUAUCUACGGCACGGUCUACAUGUUCAUGGGUGCCAUGCCCAUCGUGUACAAUGAAGACCGUGGUUGGAGCGUUGGCAUCGGCGGACUGGCGUUCUUGGGAAUUGCUGUUGGCAUCAUCUUUGGCCUUGCCUAUGCCAUCUGGGACAACAACAGCCGCUACAUGAAUCUCUUUGCGGCAAAAUCUGCAACCCCCGAGUCGCGCCUGCCACCUGCAAUUGUUGGAGGUGUCGCACUCCCCAUUGGCAUGUUCGCCUUUGCCUGGACCAACUACCCCAGCAUCCACUGGUCUGUUAGUAUCAUUCUGUCUGCACCGUUUGGCUUCGGCUGUGUGCUCGUCAUUCUGCCAAUUAUGAACUAUUUGAUCGACACUUACACCAUCUAUGCGGCCUCUGUCCUGGCUGCAGCUGCCAUCUUCCGCUCGGUCGUGGGCGCUGUGUUUCCUCUUUUCACGACACAGAUGUACCACAAUCUAGGAAUUCACUGGGCUUCCUCUAUCCCGGCAUUCUUGACACUUUUGUGCAUUCCAUUCCCGUUGAUCAUGUACCGCUACGGUGAAGCAGUCCGGAUGAAGUGCAAGUACUCGUUCGAAGCGGCAGAGAUGAUGAGAAAGAUGCAAUUGCAGCAAACAGCUGCUACUACUACUACAGAGAAGGACAAGGACUCAUCUUCUGAGUGA